GCAUUAUUGGCGAAGGGAACUUGAGGCAUUGAGAGCAACAUGGACAAGCUGUUGUACGCGAGGCCGGGGUCGCACCCGUGGACGCUGUGGCUGCCCCGUCCCGGCCGCUGCCUCGCGAGGAGCCCACGGCCUUACCGCCGCUUCUGCAGGGUCGUCCGCACAGUGCACUUGAAGGACGCGGUGGAUAUCUGCGUGCGGCGAAGCAUGCCUCCGCGACCCGUCACUUCUUGUUCCAGUAUCAGACAAAGCAAAUUAAGGCGUGACCAUCCGGACCACCCUUGUCGCGAUCUCCAGGUGCUGUGGUUCGGUGUUCGGAGCGACCAGGACGACCAAACCAUGCACGACUGGUACGGAAAUGUCGAAUUUUCUUUCCUCCCGGACGUGUUCCUCAACCACUUCAAAUUCUUCUUCUUGGUGGAGAUGGUGACGGCGCCAACGCACACGAUGACGCGACUCCUCAUCACGAAUACCGACUAUUCGGACGCACUGGACCCUUACUCCCCGUACCAAGCCGGAGGCCCCUGGUACGUCGACGCCCGAGGAGAACACUUUGCGCUGGAGAACUGCGCGCGCUUCAACGAUGAAGGCUUCAACAGACACCCUCAUGAGUUAGAGUUCAUGGUCGAAAUGACACCUUUUGGCCAGCAGCAAAUUCUGAAGGAAGCUGAGAUUUCCUUCAGGAAUCAUGAAGCUGCAACAGACUUCAGCAAGCCUAGAGUAUGUCAUCGUUUCCAGAGGUUUUCCUACCUGCAUCAAGGAUGCCCCUGGGCCGUCUCUGCCGCGGUUGCCUCGCAGAUGUUUUUCUCCCAUCACCAAAUGGCGACGAACUGCCACCCGGACAUCGCUUCGCCCAGGCUCUCAGCUCUUGCAGACUACUUCCGUCAGUGCUACCUGAUGGCAGAACAAAGCAAAAUGUAUCCUUGGCUGGUCGUGCCUCCAGAGCCUGGCCUGCAGCAGAUGCUGAGCACUUUGUCUCCCGUCAACCUUAACGACGUCGAAGAGAAGCUUUGGAGCGCCAGCACGGCAAAAGUUCUCCUCCAGGUCGGGGAUCAGUUCCAUGUCGUGGAUCGAAAUGAGUUCUUCGCCAAAUACUCGCUGUUCACGGGCUCCCGGGUGAAGCACUUGACUUGGAGGUGCAUCACUUGGGACGUAAUUGGCCACAUCUAUCGCUCGUGGGUUCUGACUCAUGAGGUCUGCGUGCCCUUCGACCUGGCCGCUUGUAAUGGAUAUCCAGAAGGAACAGCAGAAUACAGUUCUACUGAGACGCAAGAUAAUUCCUUUUUUCAGCAUGACUUAAAUUGCAUUCGGGAGCAAGCCUCCUCUGAACGCUGCACUCGGGAUAUCUACCACCCAUUGCCUGACCACGAUCUGAGUGUGAGCCAACAGCAACCCAACCACUAUCGGAAUGCGAGUCAACCGCAUGCAGGCCACCACCCAAAUGAGAACCAAUCACAUAGUGACUGUCAGCAAACAGGAACACUACCUAAUCUUGGCUUCCAACAAAACAUCAGUUGCUCGUACCCUGGAAACCUUCACCAACCUCCCGUCUCUUGCCAUCAGAGUGCCAAGCAACACCACGAUUACCAUCAGGAAACCACUCAACAGAAUGCCAGCUGCCACCAGGACAAGGCGAGAGCACACAUUAAACAAGAACAGAAUAUUGGCCAACGUCGCCGUAGUCGCGACAAGAGAGCAGAUUCAAGCCAACGACCGCCUAGCAACCAAGCAUCCCGCGGUCUCUCUCAGAACCGCAGCCAAGCGUGCACUGACGUUAACAUCAUUGUCAAUCAGCCGCACAAUGCACACGUUCUGAAGGGUAAACACGUAUAUGGCGGCUCCAACAAUCGCGAUCAGUAUAAUAACAAAAUAUGUCCUGAUCCCCAUGAUAAGACAACCAAUUAUCCACAGCCGAACUGUCAGCAACAAGGCCAGCAGGAACGGCCUCCUCCUCGCCCCCGUCAGAAUGGCAGCUGCGACCAAGGAAACGGGCCAGCGCCAUCCUGCGCCCAAAUCUUGAAGACACCCAAGACGACCAAGAGAAAGAAGCCCCAGGUAAUAGUCAAACAGGUCCAGGACGUUGUUUACCACACGGCGUUAAGCCGCAGUUACGCCAAGACCCUCACCCUCACCCUUGGUCACGAUGUUACCCUGACUCAGAGGGAAGUAGUACGCAAUACGGAGCCUCAGUCACGUCCUCAGAGUUCGACUUACCACCGCAUUGUCUUUCGGAACUCUCCAGAAAGACAAGGCUCCAGUCGACUCUUCAUGUAUGUUACGAAUUUGCAUCCUGACACCGAGAAACAAGAAUUUGAAGAACUGAUACUGAGUAACUUCCCUCGGGUAAAGCAAAUUAAUGCAAGGAAGUGCGAGAUGAGACACGAUUUGUAUUGUAGUUUCACAGCUGUAAUAAAAGGCGACGGUCUUUUCGAAGAGGACUUCAUGGACGCCUGGGUCUUCCCACCCCCAAUUCACGUAAAUAUAGAGCAGUGGAAACCUGGGUUUCGGAAAUCCUAAAAUUUAUAUAGGAUUCUAGAGCAGAUAUAGAUUUAAAAAUAUAUAAUAUAGACAAUUACACAAACGCAUUAGUAACAAAGUCUACAAAGAGGGUAAGAGAUAGUCAAAGAAAUCAUGAUGAGGAAAGUAAAGAUUGUCUAAAACCAAUUGACAUAUGUCGUGUUAAACUUACUCUCAUCGACUAAUUGACUUUAUCUUCUUGCAAAAGUCCUGGCAACCUAUACCAAAAUCGGUGCUGAGGAUGAUGGCUUAAACACAAAAGAAAGUAAAGGAGGCGUGCGUGGGUAUUAUAUACAUAAAUUUGUGCUAUAAGUGUAUGUACAUGCAUGUAGAGAGAAAGAUAGGCACAGAUGCGUUUCAAUAUAAAAUGUAGCGUUCAACGAGGACCAGAUCUCGGACCAUUACUCUCAAGGUAAUGGUUAUGACUGACCUGAUAUCCUUGUGCAUUCGAAUAUCAUAGAGAUACAAAACUUUCGCCAACGCCCAUUCAAAAGAAUACGUUUCUUAUUUUAAAAUUGGGACCGCAAACAAUUAAUUUACGUAAAUAGGUAUGAGCUAAUGCAAGGGAUAGAUAAGGAACUGUAAUGUACAGUGUACGAUAUAUCACUCUGAUUAAUAUGUGCAGCUUUAUCAGUCACAUAUACGCAUUAGAAACUAUGGACGCACCUGAGCUGAUUCAUUUCUUACCUUAGAAGGAAAAAAAUAUAUCAUGAGCGGCAGAAAGAUAGAAUAAAGAGAGAGAAAGAUAUUAACACAAGGGAAAUGACUGAAAAUAUGAGAAUAAACAUUAGAUAUUAAAAAAAAUAAUAAUAAACAUAAAAAAUCUGGAAUAUAUAUAAAUACAAAAACAUCAUAUCCAGCUGACUAUACGACACAAAAAGGGGAAAAGGGUCUCACCUGGUUUCUAUUAACCGUGAUCUGUUCUUAUCGUAGUUGUACUUCUUUGUAAUACCAGGAUACUAUAUGGGUAUUCUAUACCAAUUAUUUCAUUUUCCUAAAUAUUUAGCAAAUGGAAAACCCACACACACACACACAAGCUUAUAUGUGUGUGUAUGCA